AUGGCUCCCGUAACGCGGCUGCCGGGCCUCGUCUCUGGGCACCAAGGCGGCAAUCGGGUGGAUCGUGGGCCCACGGGCCUCGUUACGGAUCUUUUUCGUGUGCUUGUUGCUAAUAAGCAAUUUCCAAGCUACGACACGAGCUCGGCAUGCAACGCGCCACAGGGAAUGACUCGCCGGGAGCACGUCGCCGCGCUCAAAGUGCCAGGUCGAGGCUGCAAAUACGAUUAUAGCCCUCUCAGCCCAGGUGCCUCGUCCUUCGGAGGGAGGCUAUGUGCCGAGCGAUGAUACAGCCUAAUGGGUCGGGCCGAUCACAUCAUUUGUCAUUCACGGAACUAAAAAAAAUACUGUUCCAGGGACUAGGUGCCUGCCUUGGAGCCAUCUUCACGCUUGCU